GAAAAUUACUAAUGGGUUUGCCCGACAUACGACUUUCGAAUAACUGUUAGAAUUCUCCGGUUACCGUUAAUAGUUGCUGAAAAAUGCGAGUCAUAGAUGUAUUGUUAAUCGCAGUUAUUUUGCUGAUGAUGAAAAAUUCAAGUGCCGAAAUUCCCGGUUGCGACUUCUACGACACCGUGGAUAUUUCAAAAGCGCAAAGGUUCUCGAACGGAUCGUACCUAUAUGAAGGCUUGCUGAUCCCCGCCCAUUUGACUGCUGAAUAUGACUUCAAGCUCCUGCCCGACCACUCAAGGGAGAGGGUGGCGAGCCACGUAAGAGGAUGUGCCUGCCAACUAAGACCCUGCAUCAGGUUUUGCUGCCCUGAGUACCACAAGAUGAAAGAGGGCCAGUGCUACGGCGACAUGUCAAAGGACGAGUUGGACAGGCACGAUCCCUUGGUGAAUGUGACGCUCAACGACGGGUCGGUGGUAAAGAGGCACUUCAAGGAGGACAUAAUCGUGCAGUCGGAUCUGGCCAAGCCGAAUUGUUCCAGCAUGUACUAUCUGAAUCACGAAUUGCCAGGCAACGGCUUCACUCUGUUUGAGAAUGGAUCUUUUCUGCGUCACUGGGACAACGUGGCGUUGACCAAGCGGGAUUACUGCGUCCAGCAUCUUUCAUUAAAGGGUAAUAGUAUCCGAAUUGCGCCCCACUUCUGCCCUCUUUCAAAUGAGCACUCCAAACCAUGGAAGACCGUUGCGAUAGUGCUAUCCCUAAUAUGCUUACUGCUCACGAUCAGCGUAUAUCUCUAUGUCAAGGAGCUUCGCAAUCUAGUUGGCAAGUGUAUCAUCUGCUACUUGGCCUCCCUGUUCCUGGGCUUCCUCUUCCUAAUACUAAAUGUGUGGAAUUACUCAUCCGGAUUCUGCGUUACGGCAGGGUUCCUGGGCUACUUCUCCGUCAUGGCCGCGUUCUUUUGGCUUUCCGUUAUUAGUUUUAACUGCUGGAUUACGUUCAGUAAAUCUAACUGGUCGAUCAGUUUCUUGCCAGAAAAUCGGUUCGUAUCUUAUAACUUAUACGCGUGGGGCAUGGCGCUCCUCCUUACCGGAAUCACCUUUAUAGCUGACCAGGUGGUUGAGGAUGAGAAGUGGAAACCCAGCGUGGGCAUCGGCAGAAAUUGUUGGAUCUAUACUGGCGAUAUUAGGGUCAUGAUCUACUUCUAUGGUCCAAUGCUACUGAUAAUCGUCUUUAACAUUGUAAUGUUCGUUCUAACGGCGAUUCCCAUAUUGAUGGUAAAGAAGAGUGUGAAAUCCUUCGCCCAACAGCUCGAAACGAAACAAAAGCUAAACUCGGAUUUACAACAUUUUACCGUAUUCCUGCGACUUUUCAUUAUCAUGGGUGUUCCGUGGAGCCUAGAAAUAAUCUCGUUUUUAUUGAACAAAAAUGAUGCUUGGAAGAAGGCUAUUAUGGUGGCUGAUUACAUUAACUGGUCCCAGGGUACCAUCAUAUUUGUGCUUUUUAUUUGUAAACCGAGUACUUUAAAACUUAUAAUACCAAGGGAACAACGAAAACUCCAAGGGAGUCACUAUAACGCGAGAUCAAAUGCAUCUCGACAUAAUUUAAGUGAAAAUGCUUGCGAAGAAACGAUUGUGGAUCCAAACGGAGCAUAG